UUUGCUAAGCGGGCGCGUAAAAUGAAACGGUUUGUUGUUGUUGUUAGCAACGGAGCUAGCUUAGCUUAGCUUUACUUUACUUUAACUGUCGUCUGAGAAAAUCACUUCGCAUCAGUUUUAAUUCUUUAUUUUAAUUUAUUUACUUCAUAAAUAAAGGAGUUUGAAUAAGUUUGUCUGUUUGGAGAGUAGCUCGCAGAUUAGCCGGCUUGCUAACCGGAAGUAGCUCAGGUGUCAGUAAUGAGCAGGAGCUGAAACGUCACUAACGUUCAGACCGACCUGUUCAUACACAGCUCUGUGCCUGCUCUACUUUCAUUAUUAUUAUAAAUGUAUUUACUUCAUUAUUACUUUAAAUAAAAAGUGAAAUGAGCUGCGCGCUGGAGGAUCCCACACUGGAGAGGAACUUUAAAGGCCACAGAGACACAAUAACCAGCGUGGACUUUAACUCCAACACCAAACAAAUAGCGACAGGCUCGUUGGACUCGUGUGUGAUGAUCUGGAACACGAAGCCUCGUGCAAGGUCGUACCGGUUUGUUGGACAUAAAGACAGUGUGAUGUGUGUGCACUUCUCUCCAUCAGGACAGCUCCUCGCUUCAGCAUCCCGGGACCGGACUGUACGCCUCUGGCUGCCCACUGUGAGAGGUGAGUCGAGUGUGUUUAAAGCUCACACAGGGACGGUGCGGAGUGUGAACUUCUGCAGUGAUGGACAGACGUUAGUCACUGCGUCAGACGAUAAAACGGUGAAGGUGUGGACAGUCCAUCGGCAGAAAUUCCUCUUCUCCUUCAACCGACACAUCAACUGGGUUCGCUGUGCAAAGUUUUCUCCAGACGGGAGAUUAAUCAUCUCUGCAAGCGACGACAAAACGGUGAAGAUCUGGGACAAGAACAGCCGAGAGUGUGUUCACUCCUUCUGUGAGCACAGCGGGUACGUGAAUUACGCUGAUUUUCACCCCAGCGGGACGUGCAUCGCUGCUGCCGGUACAGACGGCACGGUGAAGGUGUGGGACAUUCGCACUCAUAAACUCCUGCAGCAUUACCAAGUCCACAGUGGAGCAGUGAACUGUCUGUCCUUCCACCCGGCUGCUAACCACCUGAUCACGGCCUCCUCCGACUCCACACUCAAAAUCCUCGACCUGCUGGAGGGCCGACUGUUAUACACACUGCACGGACACCAGGGGCCAGCGUCCUGUGUAGCGUUUUCAAGAACUGGAGAUCACUUCGCCUCCGGAGGCUCAGAUGAACAGGUGAUGGUUUGGAAGAUGAAUUUUGACGCUGCGGGUCACAGUGAAGUUCUGAAGAAGCAGAAGAUGGCUGACGCUCUUGUCCAGGCUCCAGGUGUCUCAGAUGUGUCUCGCUGCCAAUCCAGUCUGAGCACUCGCACAUCUCACAGACAAGAUACUCGCCGUGACUCCGCCCACACUGAGCUGAUCCAAACGGAUCACUUUGAAGCGUCUGUGUCAGACACGCCCAUCUCUCCUACACUCACUACAACACUGCAGCACAUAGUGGGUCAACUCGACGUCCUCACACAGACAGUGGCCAUAUUGGAACAGAGACUGACACUGACGGAGGACAAACUGAAGGAAUGUGUGGAGAACCAGCACAAAAUCAGUCUUCAGCUCCAAACCCGAGAAUCGGUCUGAUCUCUAACAGCUCCGUUCCCUCUUUCUCACCUUCUCUGAACCUGUGACUCUUUUUUACACCAGCGGGAAAAGACACUCUUUAAACCAUCCUGUUCUUCAGCGCGUUAGCUGCUAGCAGUGAGAUGUUUACACGUUUGUUGUGGCAGCAGUGACUUUUAAACCAGCUGUGUUUUAUCACUUUUAUAUUUUUGUUUUAGUUUAGUGUGUGAACUCUAUGCUGUUUGUGUUUUACAUUAAACUUUUAUAAGUCUGCUAAA